CAUUUUCCAUCUGUGUGUCGCGAACUGAUCUCUACAACAGAGGCAUGCAACAGUGGCAACGGCAGAAGAAGACCUCACCCAAAUGUCGACUUAAGGUCACAUUCUUUGCCGAGGCAGGCAUUGAUACUGGUGCCCUUACCAAAGAAUUCCUCACAGAAAUGUUGGUAGAAAUAGAAAAAAGACUCUUUGUUGAAGGUCCAGAUAAGAAAGGGAAGAAUCCUGUUUACUGUCUUAACAGUUUGGACUGUAACUACUUCAGGACUGCAGGAGAAGUCAUAGCAGCUAGUCUGGCACAAGGCGGACCUUGCCCUAACUUCAUGCGUGAGUGGUGCUUCAGAUAUCUCUGCUCUGGUGACUCUGACAGCAUUCAAGUGUCUGCCAGUGAUGUCACAGAUUUGGAACUGUCACAGCUAAUUGUAAAGCUAAACAGCGCCAGUGAUGACAACAUCAGCGACCUGAUUGGUGACAUUGUGACGUGUGGAUACACUGGAAUCGUGUCUGUGGAUAAAAGAGACAGCAUGAUAAGAGCUGUUAUACUUCACUCCACCAUGAGACUCAUCCCGAUGCUCGACCAGCUCAGAAAAGGCCUGCAGCUCUAUGAACUACCAAAGAUCAUGAAUACCCAUCAAGACCUUUGCAAACCACUGUUUGUUGCAGGGGAAGAUGAUAAGGUACAUUCUUGUCUCAACCACUCUUUGGCCAGACCUGAUUUUGUGGUCAACUUCACAGAAGUCCCUGUACAUCUUGGGGCUUAUAGUACCAUGGGAGGUUGCCGUUGGGGAAGUAUAUGAAUGGAAAAGCCAGAAGUACACAGAGCUAGCAGCCGAGGCAGAACUGUAUGGCUGGCGUACUCAGGUACUCCCUGUUGAGGUUGGAUAUGGAGGGUUUGUAGUCACUUUAACAACCAGGCUCCUCAAGGAUGUGGGGAUUCGUUCCAAAAAAGUGCCGAUUUUUCAUAGGGACUGUAACAACACGUCCUAGUAGCUCAACAUGGGUUUCUGGCUGCUUUUAAUUAAGCAUUUAUGUUUUCUGCAAGAAUUACUAUGUUGAAUGCAGACUGAAAUGUAUUUCCUUCUUCUUAAAGGUGGAUGCAGUCUUCAUUCUGGAGAACAGCCGCCCUGUCUUCAGUGAGAUUGGUUCUGCCAAACACCGCGUGGAAACAAACAUCAUGAACUUUUUCCAGGACUACCUUCAGGAAAUUGAGGAUUCUGAACAAGAUGGCCCAAGCAACAACAAUAUUGCUCCAGAAAGUUUGACUGUUGGACAAAUCAUGCAGUGGAUCACCGGACAGGGACACAAGCCCGUUCUGCCAAGUGAAAAGAAGGACUUUGUCAUAAACGUGAGAUUCCACCAUGACUGUGACACACAUCA